GUGGACAUUCCUGCAGUCAGCAUGCCAAUUGCACGCUUCCUCAACUUGAGACAUCUGUGGCAUUGUGUUGUGUAACAAAACUGCACAUUUUAGAGUGGCCUGUUGCUGUCCCCAAUUUAAGAACUUUAGCAGUACAAAUAUGAAUGCUCAUAAAACGUCAAUAUAUUUAAAACAACUGACUGGUGUAAUUACCAUGCUGUUUAAUCAGUUUCUUGAUAUGCCACACCUGUCAAGUGGAGCGAUUAUCUUGGCAAAGGAAAAAUUCGAAAAAUUUCGAAUUUCGAAAAAUUCUGGGAUAUUUUAUUUCAGCUCAUGAAACAUGGGACCAACACUUGACAUGUUGCCUUUUUAUAUUUAUGUUCAGUAUAUUUACAAAAGCUUUUGUCUUGUUUAUCUUCUAUAUUUUGGAGUACACCUAGACACACGUUGCCCAUCCUGUUAAUGAGGUGUGAAAAGCCCAGAUGUAACAAUCUCCUUUCAUUCCUUCAUUAGAGAGAUCACAUCAAACUGAUAAUUGUUGUCGUGCCCAUCUAAAGAGCCAUUUCCCACAAAAGAAAAUCUAAUUAUUUUUCAUUCUGGGACACAUUAUCCGUCUAUUUCACCUUAUUGGCACCUCGGUGACAACGAACGACGUCCUUCGGAAUUUGCUCUCCACGGAGCUGCCCGAAUAGCCUAUCAUCGAGGUCACAGUAUGGAGAGCGUGUCUGAGGAUAUUGCUAACAUGGAUUGUGACAUUGAAGUUGUUACCUCGAAAAUGCUUUCUGAAUGGGAUUGGAAGACGCAGGAAAGGGCUUUUGGGAACGGGCAUGAUUCUCUUGAAUCCACAUCACCAGAAUCAUCAUUCGAUUCAAUGUGCUCUUCGCCCGAGAUGUCCUCAAACUCAACUGGGCAUCAGAGCUUCGGAAAUGUAUCCUAUGGUUCAACAGGACACAGCCCAACCCCGUGCGCAACGUUGAAACAAAUCAAACCGAAGAUGUCGACGAAGAGACGCAUGAAGGCGAGCGAGAGGGAGAAGAUGCGAAUGAGGAGCCUAGCAGAAGCUUUGCACCAGCUCCGCGACUACUUGCCUCCAGAUUACAGUAAAAGGGGACAACCUCUGACCAAAAUUCAAACUCUCAAAUACACCAUUGAGUAUAUAAAUGAACUUUCGGACAUCCUCAACCACGCGUAAUGAUGUGCUGAAAGAUGGCCACGUUUUAAAUUAUGCGUAACGGGGCCAAACUAUUUGGUAUUUUUGGUUUGUUAAUUGUGAUAUUGGUGCAUUGUGGAUGAUAACUUAAUUUAUCAUAUUGUAUUUAGAAUUGUUCUGCCCCUCAUCUGAUGUAAAUAAUUGUUAUUAUGUGGGGACUUGAUUUGACCAUGUAAUUUUCUUGUAUGUGAAUAGGCUAUUCUUGUUUUACAUUAUUGACAUGGAUUAAACAAACAUUA